UAGCUUGCACACGUUAGUUCUGCAGAUCAAGGAGGGCUGAGUAGUUAGUUAGAAGGGGUGUUAGAAAAUCGCCGGGAAACUUGAACACCUCUCCGCUGUUGUAAACCCAGUAAAAAGAACAGGCAUGGAGGUGUAGACUUGCAAGUGUUCAAAGAAUAGAGCAGUGAAAAACAUUUUUUAUUCUUUUGAAAAGCACGAAAACGUAAGAGAGCAGAGAGAAAGACGCAAGUGCAACAGCACGUGUUUGUCUGUUUAUGUUUUUUUUUUCGUUGUGCAUUUAGAAAACCACCAACAUACGUGGACUAGCAUUUUGUAUUGGAGCUGCUUGUUUUUUCAAUUCAGGUGGCGGACAAGAAUGAUCUCUUCAUAGCCUUGAGCUGCCAUUACAGCGGACAAUGGUCAAGAUGUUGCAAAAGAUAUUCGCUUUUUUUAUUUUGGUGACAAUAGUACUCUUCACUGUGCAGGCUAGGAAAAAGGAGAUUUUCCAAGAUGGAGAAAAAGGUUACCAACAAAUUUCGAAGUGUUUCAGGAUCAGAAAGUGAGACUACAAUGUCCAGUUCGUGGAAAUCCACAGCCCUAUUUAGUGUGGUAUCACAACAAUCAGCCAGUAUCUAGUGUGUUGUCCCACGUGCUGCUGAAGCGGCAUAGUCUUAUCAUCUUAGAUUUCCAACCCGAAGACGCUGGAGUCUACGCUUGUAAGGCCUACAAUCGAUUUGGAGAAAUCUGGAAAAAUUUUACUCUCUCUCUGGCAGAGUUUUCUUCACCAACAAAAGCUGUGACAGAUGUGGUUUCUGUACCAGAAGUGUCUGCAGGCAAAUUAAGGUCGCCAUUCUUUACUGAGCCAGAAAUGAUGUCCAGAGAUCUGAUCGUUGUUCCUGCUGGAACGGACGUGACCCUCUCAUGCCCUGCAGAAGGCUCUCCGAAGCCAAACAUUACAUGGGCAAAGAAUUCUAGACCAAUAGUUCGUUUCAUGAACAAAAAGACGAUAUACAAGAGAUGGAACAUCACACUAACUACUGUUGGACCUCAUGACAGUGGAAAUUAUUCUUGUGUGGUGGAAAACAGUGAGGGAAAAAUCAAGUGGACUUUUAAAGUUGAAGUUCAAGAACGUUUGGUAGGCAGCCCUCUCAUCCGAGAUGGUUACCCUAGUAACCAGACAGUAUACGUCGGACAGCAGGCAAGAUUUGAGUGUCGCUUUUACAGCGAUCUACACCCUUACGUACGAUGGUUAAAGUAUUACACCGUGAACGGUUCCUACCACGACCCCAAUGGAAAACUUAAUGUUCACAUGGUUGAGAGUACUAAUCCCAAUGUCACCGAUCCUCAACUACUGGUCAUAGAUAAUGUGACAGAAGAGGAUGAAGGGUGGUACGCCUGUCUUGCUUGGAAUUAUAUUGGUUUUUCAAACAGAACUGUUUUCCUUUCUGUGCUUCCGUGGCCUGAAAAAGUGGAAGAAAGUAUACAGAAUGAGGUUUCUCCAGUUCCAUGGAUGAUUUUAGUUGUCGUGUUCACAAGUAUACUGGUAGUGAUCUUACUUGGAGUUGUCUUAUGCCGAUAUCAACUGGCAAAGCAACAGAAAAACAAAGUCAAUCUAAUAGCCACUCAAAACCAUGUCAUCAUCAAGAAGAAAGUUGUACUAGAAAAACCAGAAUCGGACACAUCAGGGCAGUCUUUAGCACCACUGGUAAAGAUUGACAUCACACACAGUUAUCCCUCUUCAGAAAAAAACUCAGUAUCUGAAUAUGAAAUUACACCUGAUCCAUUGUGGGAAUUUCCAAGAGAAAGGCUGGUACUUGGCACAACUCUUGGUGCAGGCGCUUUUGGACAAGUUAGGAAAGGAGAUGCAUAUGGGCUAACAGAUAAGGAAGGUCCUGCAAUAGUAGCCGUAAAGAUGCUGAAAGAUGGUCACACUGAUCAGGAGCUAGCUGAUUUGGUAUCAGAGAUGGAAGUCAUGAAGAUGAUCGGGAAACAUGUGAACAUUAUCAACUUGUUAGGAUGUUGCACCCAAGACGGACCACUGUAUGUUAUUGUGGAAUAUGCACCAAAUGGAAACUUGCGAGACUUUCUACGAGCUCAUCGACCUAGCUCAGGGUAUGAACGAGCCAUUGGGAUUGACUUGAAACCAAAGACUCUCACACAGAAAGAUUUGAUUUCCUUUUCUUAUCAGGUGGCUCGUGGCAUGGAAUACUUAGUUUCAAGAAAGUGUAUUCAUCGAGACUUGGCAGCACGUAAUGUACUCGUAACGGAAGACAAAGUGAUGAAGAUAGCAGACUUUGGACUUGCUCGAGAUGUUAACAAUAUCGACUAUUAUAAGAAGACUACUGACGGCCGACUACCUGUUAAAUGGAUGGCACCAGAAGCUUUAUUUGAUAGAGUGUACACGAGUCAGAGUGAUGUGUGGUCUUAUGGUGUAUUGGUGUGGGAAAUAAUGACCCUUGGAGGAACACCUUAUCCAUCAAUUCCCAUCGAGAAGCUUUUUCACUUGUUGAGAGACGGACACAGAAUGGAGAAGCCCCAGAACUGUACUCUUGAAAUAUACAUGAUUAUGCGUGAGUGUUGGCAAAAUUCUGCUCAGCAGAGACCAACAUUCUCAGAGCUAGUAGAAGAUUUGGACCGUAUCUUGACUAUUUCAUCUGAACAGGAAUACAUGGAUCUGAAUAUGCCCUUCCCUGUGCUGGAGACACCUCCUUCAAGUUGCUCUUCUUCUGACAUGGACAUGUUUGAUUCCGAAGAAGAAACCAGUGAUGGUUUUAAUCUUUAAAAUAAUAAGAUUUUCCGUCAAUCUGUUUAUGCUAGUCAGCAGGCCUACACUGUAGAAACUUUUAUUUUGACGUAAAUUAGGUUUUUCAGAAAGCUGUUAAUUGUGUCGCUUUCUUCGACUUGUGGGACUGAAAAAAAAAAAGAAGCUUUAUGCAGAUCACAGCAGCAAAAGUAAACACAUCCAAAUUAAUUUGUAUGUAGGAGGAGACUGAAUAAAAAAUCAAAUUAAAUUUAACUCCAUGCAAAGAAGAGCAGAACUAUACUCGACAAACAAUACAAAACUAAGUGUGUUAUGGUAUUUGGUGCAUUGAAACGAAAAAAAUAAAGAAAUAUUUUAUGGUAGACAUUUAAAAAAAUAUUCAAGAUCAGAAAAAGACAUUAGAAAAAUGGUAUUUUGUUAUGACAAAGCCUGGAACUCCUGGGAGGCUGUAAAGUUGUAUGUAAAGAAUGAACACAUCAACUCACCGAUGUCAGUAUUUUUUCGCUGGAUUUUCAGAAAGGAAGUGGCGCUCGUUGAAGUGUUCUCUUUUUGUUGGAUAUAUUUUUACUAACAUGUCUUUUUAUUUUACUGUUUCGUAAGUAUUUUUAAGCCUCGUAAUGUUUUUAUGUAGCAAGUAAUUUAUUGGCUGAGAUUUCUGUUGUAUUUAUACACUGUAUAUCUGUUAUUUUCUUUUUCACAUUACAGGACACGUUCAGUUCAUUCGCACCUUAAGGGUUUGUAUCUAUAACUUAUUAGAGUGAGCAUUUUAUCUAAAUAGAGAAGCAAGCAGUAAAAGAGAACAUUACAUUAAACUUUUUUCACGGAUAUCGUAUGUCAUUUGAAAGACGAAAAGAUCUGAUUUUGUCAUUUGCCAUAAUCAGAAAAUUUGAAUAUACGCACAUUCAUGUACAUUGAAAGCAAAUAUUGGAAUUUAUCUUAAUAGAUAUUUAGAAGUGUUAUAUCAAAAAUUUUAGUCUUAAUAGUGUGGUUAACGUUGAUGUUAGGUAAAUAUUCUAAAUAGACUGUACAUCAAUAACUAAAAACGGGCUUUCUUGGUUUUAACACAAUAGAAUAAAUAAGUGCCUUAUCAGUGUUAUUAUGAAAUUUGAAAUGCUAAAUAGCAGUAAAAUGCCCAAAGUAAUAUAAGUAAAUAGUAGGAAAAUAAAUAAUAAAACUUGUCUUAGUAUAAAUACAGAUUAAGACAAAAAAAAAAGUCACAACUGUUAUAACAUCACGUUAUAACACGUUAAUUAACUUACGUAUGUAAAACAGUAGCGUUAAGCGCUCUUGUGUAUGGAAAAUAUAUGAAUCGGAGUGUAAAAAAAGAAAAAAAUAUACAACAAUUCCCAGAACAACGUAUUUACAUAUCGGAUAAACUAGGCUAAUGAGAUCUGUAACGGCUGUUCAGUUAAUUUUUGCAACAUUUAAUGUCAACUAAUGUACACGAACAUGUUAGCGUCAAAAUCUAUGUUUGUGUAAAAAAAUUUCACGAAAUACAUUUAUAAGCUAGCCGAAAUUUGUACAAUAACUAUAUAUCUUGAGGGAUACAAAAACUCAUGUUUUGACAUCACAUUAGAUUGUACACACUCAUGCUAGUUUUAACAUCGCGUUACAUUUCGUACAAACUCAUGCUAGUUUUGAGAUGUUGCUUUGUUGUCUUAUCGUUAUGCUUUGUUUGUGUUCAUAAAGUUGUAUUGAUAUAAUGCAUAAAAUAGGUAAGGGUGUCGGACCACUAUGUCGAUCAUCUUUGUCUACAAUACAUUGAUAUGAACACUCAUUUUUUUUUCUAUUCAAUAAACACUGAAGAGACUUAAUUCUGUUUUUUGUAAUAAUCGGAAUCUUAUUCAAUAUACGCACAGUUAUGUUUACAUAAAUGUUAUAUCAAAGUUUUUAUUCACUACUUUAGUUAACAGACAGUAAACAAAUAGCACGAAUAGGAGACUAUUUCAAAAUCAUUAUGCAGUUACAAACACCAAAGAAUGGUAAAACUACCAAUUCAAUUAACAUAAAAUUAUUGAAGCUUAGCUGAGUCAGGACAUAGCUUAAGGCAAUAAAUGGUUAAUGUUAAUGAAGUUACAAUUAAACGUUAUAAAAACUCGUUGUCAAUUGGUUCCGUAAAAUCUUAACUUUUGUAAUAUGAUAAAACAUAGAAACUGUAUACAUUUAUCGAUAUAAGUUGAUUUCUAAGCAUUUUGCAAGUUCGAUGUUUUAGAAUUGUUAUUGAUACGUACUUUUAAAACAUACGUGUAUCUAUUUUUGAACACGCUAUAAUUUCGAACGUUGAUUUGUUACAAAAACAAUAUUCUUUCAUUUUCAGUUUUUUGGAAUAAAGAAAGUUGCAAUUAUUGAUGUUCUAUGAUUGAAAUAUGACAGUUUAAAAAAGGAUUAAGUAUGUGUGUAUCGAAGCAAUAAGAUCAUACUUAAUUAUGUUUUUACGUAGUUAGUAAACUAAUGAAACCAUAAAAAUAGUUCCAGGUUAAACUCUAAAAUUUGUUUUGAGUUUGAUAUAAAGUUUCUGUUCGUCGUGAUCCUUUUAAAAUGUUUAUAAUAGAUAGUAUAAUAAUAAAGCAAAAUGACUUAUCGGGAUAUGGUGUAUUUAUCAUGGUUAGUAUUUAUUAAACUUUUAUAACCUCAUAAGUAUCUCAGUUGUUACUUAUACCCACAGCCUAAGAGUAAUUAUUUCUGCUCUGAAAAGAAGAUAAAUGCUGAUCUAAAGUUUGUUCGUGUGUUUCCUUGUUUCAGGUUAGAACAUCAACAUGAAAUGUGUGAAUAAUGCAAAAUGGUUUUUUAAAUGUAGUUUUCAAGCACCUCUUCAUGCUUGACAUCACAUUUCAUGAAGUAUUAUGUACACUUCAACCAUUUUAAAAAAGCAUUGGUAACUUUUAGAAAAUAAUUUUAGUGUUCAUUAUAAGUUACUUUAAGGCCAGAUAAAUGUUCGUAAUUGUUAGUAGCUCUUUAACUACGUGUAAGAAAAAUUUUCUUUAAAUGUAUAUAGAUCUUAGUGCAUAAGUACUAAGAAAUUCUCAAUUUUUGUCCAUUUACAGAGUACAAAGACCGAAGAAAAGUGUUAUGUAGUUUUAAAUGUUGGAUUCAAAAUAUUUGUAUUUAUUUCGAUGUGAAUA